AGGGACAUGAUGCUGUCCACCAUGGCCUUUUUUGCAACCUGGCUGGAGAGAAGCAGACACUGAUUUGUGGCUCAUGCAAAAGUCUGGCAUAAUUAUGAUCAACAUUUUCGAUCCCAGCAGAGAGGUUUUUUGUCAAUCACACUGGGAUCUCACUGGAUCGAACCAAACACAAUCAACAAUGAAUCCGAUAUUAAAAAGUGUCAGCUGUCCAUGCAGAAAGUCCUGGGUUGGUUUGCAAAGCCCAUACAUGGCGACGGCGAUUACCCGGAAGAGCUGAAGACGGAAUUGGCCUCUCUCCUCCCAAACACCACUUCAAUGGAAAAAAAAUAUUUCAAAGGGACAGCCGAUUUCUUUGCCUUUUCUUUCGGGCCAAAUAAUUUUAAGCCUCCAGGCAAGCUGCCCAGAAUGGGACAAAACUUCUCCCUUGACCUAAGGGCCGUCCUGAACUGGAUUAAAGUGGAGUAUGGUAAUCCCAGAAUCUUGAUUUCUGAAAAUGGCUGGUUCACCAACAAAGACGUAAAAACAGAAGAUACUACGGCUAUUUACGCAAUGAAGAACUUUAUUAAUAAGGUUUUGCAAGCUGUUAAGUUUGAUCAGAUCGAUGUCUUUGGUUACACGUCUUGGUCUCUCCUGGAUGGAUUUGAAUGGCAACAGGCCUUCAGUGACCGGCGAGGUUUGUUUUACAUAGAUUUUGACAGUGAAGAGAAGGAGCGGAUCCCCAAAUCUUCGGCCUUUUAUUAUAGGCAAAUAAUUCAGGAGAAUGGCUUUCCUGCGGAAGAAUCAACCGGCACUUUGAGAGGCCAGUUUCCUUGGGAUUUCUUUUGGGGCAUCACAGAAUCAGUCAUCAAGGCAGAAUCGGUCGCUUCUUCUCCUCAGUUCUCUGAUCCCAACCUCUAUCUCUGGAACAUCUCUGGAGAUGGAAAAUUCUACCAGGUGAAGGGUGUGAAAUUGAAAACCCGCCCAGUUCAGUGUACGGACUUCACCAGCAUUAAAACACACCUUCAGCUGCUAUCAAAAAUGAAGGUCACACAUUAUAGGUUCGCUUUCAAUUGGUCGCUGCUCCUCCCCAGCGGCGAUGUGUCGUCCCUUAACCGCCACGUCCUGCGGUACUACCGAUGUCUUAUCAGCGAGAUCCUCAAACUGAACGUGAAGCCCGUAGUCACCUUACACUAUCCCACCUAUCAGUCAUUAAGCCUGCCAGGUCCUUUACUUCAGCACGGCGGGUGGUUGAAUCAGUCCACAGUUGCGGCAUUUAAAACGUAUGCCGAAAUGUGCUUCCAGGAAUUUGGAGACCUGGUUAAAUUUUGGAUCACUAUUAACGAGCCAAAUCAGUUCGGCAACAUUUACAACGGCAGCAGUAACGACACUUAUCAAGCAGCUCACCAUUUGUUGAUCGCUCAUGCUGCGGCUUGGCAGGUGUACGAUCAACAAUAUCGGUCUUUCCAGCAGGGUCAGGUGUCGCUGUCCCUGCAUUGCGAUUGGGCAGAACCCGCCAACCCGUAUCUCGCUAGCGAUGUGGAAGCAGCCAAUCGGUUCCUCCAAUUUGAAAUGGCAUGGUUUUUAGAUCCGCUGCUGGGGACAGGGGACUACCCAGCGGCCAUGAGAAAAUACCUCACUUACAAAACCCACAAAGGCCUUUCCAGUUCAUUCUUGCCUUUUUUCACGGAGGAGGAGCAGCAGCUGGUCAGAGGGGCUGCCGAUUUCAUUGCUAUGAACCAUUUCACCACACGAUUUGUGGCACACGAUUCGAAGAACGGAAGCCAGUACGAAUUGGAUCAGGACAUCCGACUGGUGCAAGAUUUCACCUACCCAAGUUCCCCUGCUCGCUUUGCAGUGGUGCCUUGGGGGUUACGCAAAGCCUUGAACUGGAUCAGUCUGCACUAUGGUGGUAGGGAUAUUUAUCUCACUGCUAGUGGGAUUGAAGAUCAGUCUAGCGACAACGAUGAGCUCCGUAAAUACUACAUCAAAAAGUAUGUGCAGGAAGCUUUUAAAGCUUACCAUAUCGAUGGAGUCAACCUCAAAGGCUACUUUGGAUUCAAGCUAACGGACGAAGUAGCCAAACCCAAACUUGGAUUCUUUACCUCCGAAUUCCAAGCCAAAGCCUCCGUCCACUUCUACAAUCAGCUGAUCUGCAACAAUGGUUUCCCCACUGAUCCUACUACAUUAAGUAAAUGUGGACCACGAAACGAAACAGCGCCCUGCACCCUCUGCCUACUUGUCACUCAGGAAAAGCCUCUCAUAUUCCUGGGAUGCUGCCUUUUGGCUACCCUAAUAGUGCUCUUAAGUAUUGUUGCUUUCCGGAAGCAAAAGAAACGGAGACAAGACUGGUCAAAAUACUUCCAGCACUUUGGCGUUUCUGUGGAAACUAAACCUAAGAAAGUUCUCAGCCAGAUAUAGAAUCAUUUUCUCGGUCCGUUUAUCAACAAGGAUCAGAAAAAUUGGUGGAAACACUCUUAAUAAGAUACUUAUGAAUUUGGAAUGCCAAAUUCAGGAUUCUGACACAAAGCCACACUUUUGGGUUUUUACAAGGGCUUGCACUACAUUCUUGUUCCCCAUCUUAGACAUUUGUGGCUGCUCACUACAGAGAAAAUUGGUGUCCAAUCAACUGGCCUUAUUCAGUUUCUUCAGCCUCCUCAUUAUACAACCCGGUCCAGUGGAAGCCAUUUAACCUACUGUACAUUUUGCACAUCUCCAUGUGAAAGCGAACUAUUUAAAAGUAUACAUGUUGGUUUAUUAUUUUAAUUGGAAUUCAGACAAAUGUUUCUGUUGGGAUAACUAUGUAGAGUUCAGUUUGAAAGGAUAAGAUUUUAGAAGUGUGCACUUUUAAAGAAAUGUCUUUGCAUUUCUCAAGUAUAAUUCUCGUGUGUGUGUGUGUGUGUGUGUGCGCGCACGCGCGCGCGCUGUGGUUUAGAGAUGGAACAUUUACAAUAUAUUUUCAUUUGUUGCAAUCCCAUUAAUAUUCCAAGUUGAUCAAAUACCAGCUUGUUUAAUUAUCACUAAUGCUCACUUCCCAUUAUUUCUAACACCCCUCAAAUAAUUUAGGUAAUGGAGUUAAAUGGUGAGCUUGUAGCUUUUAAUUCAGUUUCCAAAAUAAGAAACAAGUGAAGUGUUGGAAAAAGACUUGAAAUAUCUCAUGAUUUGAGUUAAAC